CAUACGCCCCUUCUUGGGUAAGUACCUAUGUAAUCAGGGGAAGGACAAGCCUCGUUCGAAAUUCAACGACGACAAACAGUAUGGUACGCUAUCAAGCAUAUCAAGAAUCACCUACAAGAUUACCAGCCCAAUGCCUCCUCGACCGGUAGUCUCGCCGCCACGCCGGAUCACCAGAUCCUCGCUUGCGCGCUUCCGCUUUGGCGACGGUAACUCCAGCUCCAGCUCUAAGGAGAACUCGACUCCUCCUCCCGCCACCGACAUCGAAGACGUGAUCCCGAACACGACGUCCGUACGGAAGCGAAAACGCACCACGACCAUCCUCGAAACCCCAUCUUCCCUCGCUUCGUCCCCGCGGCGCGCUACCAAGGUAGAGAAGAUCGAAGAAGAGACCGAGACUAAGAAAACGUCAGCCCCGCGACGUCAACGCAAGCCCGCCCGCAAGACCGUCGACGCGGAUACAGGAGAGUCCAAGGUCGCCGCACCGUCAGACUGGGAGGAGAUGUACGACGCCGUGAAAGCGAUGCGGCAGCCCGGGGGCGCGGCCGCCAACGCGGCCGUCGACACCAUGGGGUGCGAGCGUCUGGCGCUCGCCUCGGCGAGCCCGCGGGAUCAGCGCUUCCAAACCCUGAUCGCGCUGAUGCUCUCGUCGCAGACCAAAGACACCACCAACGCGGUCGCCAUGAAGCGCUUACAAACGGAGCUACCUCCCCACGCGCCGGGCGCGCCCGGCGGUCUGAACCUCGAAAACAUUCUCGCCGUCGACGCGGAGCGUCUGAACCAGCUGAUCUGGGCGGUCGGCUUCCACAACAACAAGACCAAAUACAUCAAAGCGGCGGCCGUGAUCCUGCGCGACGAGUGGGCGGGCGACAUCCCGGACACGGUGGAGGGCCUGGUGGCGCUUCCCGGGGUGGGCCCGAAGAUGGCGCACCUGUGCCUGUCGGCGGCGUGGGGGCGGACGGAGGGGAUCGGCGUCGACGUGCACGUGCACCGCAUCACGAACCUGUGGGGCUGGCACGCGACCAAGAACCCCGAGGAGACGCGGCUCGCGCUGCAAGGCUGGCUGCCGCGCGACCGCUGGCGCGAGAUCAACUGGCUGCUCGUCGGCUUCGGGCAGACCGUCUGCCUGCCCGUCGGCCGGCGCUGCGGCGACUGCGAUUUAGGGUUGCGCGGCCUGUGCAGGGCCGCCGAGAGGAAGAAGGUUGCCGAGGGGAGGAGGGUCAGGGAGAGCGCUACGGUGGUAGAGAAGACGGAGAUUAAGGACGAGGGUGACGGGGCGAAGGUCAAGGUGGAGGUUAAAGAGGAGGAGCGGGAGGAAGAGGUUGUUGAGCGGGACGUCGUUGUUAAUGAGAGUGCGGAAAAUCUGAAGAAGGAAGAAUCUACAGAUGAUUUCGAGGAUAGAGGCAAGCUCGAAGAGAAGCCAGAAAGUUCCCCGGAACAAAGACCAGCGUCAAAAGGGUCGCGAAGGCCGCGAAAGGGAUAAUACCAGGUUUACGGUUAGGUCACUAUACGAAUGGGAUUGAGCAGAAUGUCAAGUAUCAUAGGGGCACGAUGGGACUAUAGAAGCAUCUAAUGUGUAUGAAAAUCAAAUUGUCUUCG